GGCCGCCGCUGACGCAGUGCGGGGCCGGAGCCCUGAGCGCCCAGGCGGGCGUGGAGCGUUUUAGCCCGGCCGCCCGCAGGCCGCGUCCCCACCGGAGGGGGCAGGGCGCACUUACCGGCCGUCAGGAAGCCGCGGGCGGCCUGCUGGCUCCGCCGCCGCCGCCGCGCUCGCCUUUCAAGCGCGCCUCGUCCCCGCCCCAGAUCCUGGGGGGUGAACGGGGGAGAAGGGGCGGGCGUCCGCCAGUCGCGAAUCACCUCCUCCUCCUCCUGCCUCAGCGCCGCCGCCACCUUUCCAUUCAGUCGCCCAACAUGGCUGGAGCGUGGCGGAGGUGAGCCGGUCGCCCCCUGCCGCUCCAGUCUGCGAAACCCGAGCGCCGCGGCUCCGGCGGUGCGUCGGCUCUGCGGUGCAGAGGCCCAGGGGCCCUGCUGUCGCCGGCCGCCAGCAUGUGGGGCGCCCCGGACGAGAGCUCGGUGCGGGUGGCUGUCAGAAUAAGACCACAACUUGCCAAAGAGAAGAUUGAAGGAUGCCAUAUUUGUACAUCUGUCACACCGGGAGAACCUCAGGUCUUCCUAGGGAAAGAUAAAGCUUUUACUUUUGAUUAUGUGUUUGACAUUGACUCUCAGCAAGAACAGAUCUAUACUCAAUGUAUAGAAAAACUAAUUGAAGGUUGUUUUGAAGGAUACAAUGCUACAGUUUUUGCCUAUGGACAGACUGGAGCUGGAAAAACAUACACAAUGGGAACAGGAUUUGAUGUUAACAUCAUCGAGGAAGAACAGGGUAUUAUUUCUCGUGCUGUUAAACACCUUUUCAAGAGUAUUGAAGAAAAAAAACACACUGCAAUUAAAAACGGGCUUCCUCCUCCAGAUUUUAAAGUGAAUGCCCAAUUCUUAGAGCUAUAUAAUGAAGAGGUUCUUGACUUAUUUGAUACCACUCGUGAUAUUGAUGCAAAAAAUAAAAAAUCAAAUAUAAGAAUUCAUGAAGAUUCAACUGGAGGAAUUUAUACUGUGGGAGUCACAACACGUACUGUGAAUACAGAAUCAGAGAUGAUGCAGUGUUUGAAACUGGGUGCUCUAUCCCGGACCACUGCUAGUACCCAGAUGAAUGUUCAGAGUUCACGUUCACAUGCCAUAUUUACCAUUCACUUGUGUCAAACCAGAAUGUGUCCCCAGAUAGAUGCUGAAAAUGUGACUGACAAUAAGGUGAUUUCUGAAUCAUCACAGAUGAAUGAAUUUGAAACCUUGACUGCAAAGUUCCAUUUUGUUGAUCUGGCAGGAUCAGAAAGACUGAAGCGUACUGGAGCUACAGGCGAGAGGGCAAAAGAAGGCAUUUCCAUCAACUGUGGACUUUUGGCACUUGGCAAUGUAAUAAGUGCACUGGGAGAUAAGAGCAAGAGGGCCACCCAUGUGCCCUAUAGAGAUUCUAAACUGACAAGACUGCUGCAGGAUUCCCUCGGGGGGAAUAGCCAAACAAUCAUGAUAGCAUGUGUUAGCCCUUCAGACAGAGAUUUUAUGGAAACCUUAAAUACCCUGAAAUACGCCAAUCGGGCUAGAAAUAUCAAGAACAAGGUGAUGGUCAAUCAGGACAGAGCUAGUCAGCAAAUCAACGCACUUCGUAGUGAGAUCACACGCCUUCAGAUGGAACUCAUGGAGUACAAAACAGGUAAAAGAAUAAUUGACGAGGAAGGUGUGGAAAGCAUCAAUGACAUGUUUCAUGAGAAUGCUAUGCUACAGACUGAAAAUAAUAACCUGCGUGUAAGAAUUAAAGCCAUGCAAGAGACAGUUGAUGCAUUGAGGACCAGAAUCACACAGCUUGUUAGUGAUCAGGCCAACCAGGUUCUUGCCAGAGCAGGUGAAGGGAACGAGGAGAUUAGUAAUAUGAUUCACAGUUACAUCAAAGAAAUUGAAGAUCUCAGGGCAAAAUUAUUAGAAAGUGAAGCAGUGAAUGAGAACCUUCGAAAAAGCUUAACCAGAGCCACAGCAAGAUCACCGUAUUUCAGUGGAUCAUCAGCUUUCUCUCCUACUGUGUUGUCCUCAGACAAAGAGACCAUUGAAAUUAUAGAUCUAGCUAAGAAAGAUUUAGAGAAGCUGAAAAGGAAAGAAAAGAGGAAGAAGAAAAGGCUACAGAAACUUGAGGAAAGCAAUCGAGAAGAAAGAAGUGUGGCUGGUAAAGAGGAUAAUGCAGAUACUGACCAAGAGAAGAAAGAAGAAAAGGGUAUUACAGAAAGAGAGAACAAUGAAUUAGAAGUGGAAGAAAGUCAAGAAGUGAGUGAUCAUGAGGAGGAAGAGGAAGAGGAGGAGGAAGAAGAAGAUGAUAUUGAAGGGGGUGAAAGCUCUGACGAAUCAGAUUCCGAAUCAGAUGAAAAAGCCAAUUAUCAAGCAGACUUAGCAAACAUUACCUGUGAAAUUGCAAUCAAGCAAAAACUGAUUGAUGAACUAGAAAACAGCCAGAAAAGACUGCAGACACUGAAAAAGCAGUAUGAAGAGAAGUUAAUGAUGCUGCAGCAUAAGAUUCGGGACACUCAGUUGGAGAGAGACCAGGUGCUCCAGAAUUUAGGCUCAGUGGAGUCUUAUUCAGAAGAAAAGGCAAAAAAAGUUAGGUCUGAAUAUGAAAAGAAACUUCAAGCCAUGAAUAAAGAACUGCAAAGACUUCAGACAGCUCAGAAAGAGCAUGCAAGGUUGCUUAAAAACCAGUCUCAAUAUGAAAAGCAAUUGAAGAAAUUACAGCAGGAUGUGAUGGAAAUGAAAAAAACAAAGGUUCGACUAAUGAAACAAAUGAAAGAAGAACAAGAAAAAGCCAGAUUGACAGAGUCUAGGAGAAACAGAGAGAUUGCUCAAUUGAAAAAAGAUCAACGUAAAAGAGAUCAUCAACUUAGACUUCUGGAAGCCCAAAAAAGAAACCAAGAAGUGGUUCUUCGUCGCAAAACCGAAGAGGUUACAGCUCUUCGUAGGCAAGUGAGGCCCAUGUCAGAUAGAGUAGCUGGGAAAGUCAUGCGGAAGCUGAGCUCAUCCGAUACCCCUGUUCAGGACACGGGUUCCAGUGCAGCUGCUGUAGAAGCAGAUGUAUCAAGGGCAGGAGCCCAGCAGAAAAUGAGAAUUCCUGUGGCAAGAGUCCAGGCCUUACCAACGCCCACAACAAAUGGAACCAGAAAAAAAUAUCAGAGGAAAGGGUUGACUGGCCGAGUGUUUACUUCCAAGACAGCUCGCAUGAAGUGGCAGCUUCUUGAGCGCAGGGUCACAGACAUCAUCAUGCAGAAAAUGACUAUUUCCAAUAUGGAGACGGAUAUGAAUAGACUCCUCAAGCAACGGGAAGAACUCACAAAAAGACGAGAGAAACUUUCAAAAAGACGAGAAAAGAUGGUCAAGGAGAGUGGAGAGGGAGAUAAAAAUGUGGUUAACAUCAAUGAGGAGAUGGAGUCAUUAACUGCUAACAUAGAUUACAUCAAUGACAGUAUUUCUGAUUGUCAAGCCAACAUCAUGCAGAUGGAAGAAGCAAAGGAAGAAGGAGAAACAUUGGAUAUCACUGCGGUCAUUAAUGCUUGCACACUUACAGAAGCCCGAUACCUGCUGGACCACUUCUUGUCAAUGGGUAUCAAUAAGGGUCUUCAGGCUGCCCAGAAAGAGGCUCAAAUUAAAGUACUUGAAGGUCGGCUUAAACAAACCGAAAUAACCAGUGCUACACAAAACCAGCUCUUAUUCCAUAUGUUGAAAGAGAAAGCAGAAUUAAAUCCUGAGCUAGAUGCUUUACUAGGCCAUGCUUUACAAGAUCUAGAUAGCGUACCUUUAGAAAAUGUAGAGGAUAGUACUGAUGAGGAUGCACCUUUGAACAGCCCAGGAUCAGAAGGAAGCACACUAUCUUCAGACCUUAUGAAACUUUGUGGUGAAGUGAAACCUAAAAGCAAGGCCCGAAGGAGAACCACCACUCAAAUGGAAUUGCUGUAUGCAGAUAGCAGUGAACUAGCCUCAGACACUAGUACAGGAGAUGUCUCCUUGCCUGGCGCUCUUACACCUGUUGCAGAAGGGCAAGAGAUUGGAAUGAAUACAGAGACAAGUGGUACUUCUGCUAGGGAAAAAGAGCUCCCUCCCCCAUCUGGCUUUCCUUCUAAGAUAGGCAGCAUUUCCAAACAGUCAUCUCUAUCAGAAAAAAAACUACCAGAGCCUUCCCCUAUAACCAGGAGAAAAGCAUACGAAAAAGAAAAAUCAAAGGCCAAGGAACAAAAACACUCAGAUUCUGGAACCUCAGAGGCUAGUCUUUCACCUCCUUCUUCCCCACCAAGCCGGCCCCGUAAUGAACUGAAUGUUUUUAACCGUCUUACUGUUUCUCAGGGAAACACAUCAGUUCAGCAGGAUAAGUCUGAUGAAAGUGACUCCUCUCUGUCGGAGGUACACAGUAGAUCCUCCAGAAGGGGCAUAAUCAACCCAUUUCCUGCUUCAAAAGGAAUCAGAGCUUCUCCACUGCAGUGUAUUCACAUAGCUGAAGGGCACACAAAAGCUGUGCUCUGUGUGGAUUCUACUGAUGAUCUCCUCUUCACUGGAUCAAAAGAUCGUACUUGUAAAGUAUGGAAUCUGGUGACUGGGCAGGAGAUAAUGUCAUUGGGGGGUCAUCCCAACAAUGUUGUAUCUGUAAAAUAUUGUAAUUAUACAAGCUUGGUCUUCACUGUGUCCACAUCUUAUAUUAAGGUGUGGGACAUCAGAGAUUCAGCAAAGUGCAUUCGAACGCUGACGUCUUCAGGUCAAGUUACUCUUGGAGAUGCCUGUUCUGCAAGUACCAGCCGGACAGUAGCUAUUCCUUCUGGAGAAAACCAGAUAAAUCAAAUUGCUCUAAACCCAACUGGUACUUUCCUCUAUGCAGCUUCUGGAAAUGCUGUCAGAAUGUGGGAUCUUAAAAGGUUUCAGUCUACAGGAAAGUUAACAGGACACCUAGGCCCUGUUAUGUGCCUUACAGUAGAUCAGAUUUCUAAUGGACAAGAUCUAAUCAUCACUGGCUCCAAGGAUCAUUACAUCAAAAUGUUUGACGUAACUGAAGGGGCUCUGGGAACUGUGAGUCCCACCCACAAUUUUGAGCCCCCUCAUUAUGAUGGCAUUGAAGCGCUAACCAUACAAGGGGAUAACCUAUUUAGUGGAUCCAGAGAUAAUGGAAUCAAGAAAUGGGACUUAGCUCAAAAAGACCUUCUACAGCAAGUUCCAAAUGCACAUAAGGAUUGGGUCUGUGCCCUAGGAGUGGUGCCAGGGCACCCGGUUUUGCUCAGUGGCUGCAGAGGGGGCAUUUUGAAGCUUUGGAACAUGGAUACUUUUGUGCCAGUCGGAGAAAUGAAGGGUCAUGAUAGUCCUAUCAAUGCCAUAUGUGUUAAUUCCACCCACAUUUUUACUGCAGCCGAUGAUCGAACUGUGAGAAUUUGGAAGGCUCGCAAUUUGCAAGAUGGUCAGAUCUCUGACAUAGGAGAUCUGGGGGAAGAUAUUGCCAGUAAUUAAACAUGAGUGAAGAUAGUCAUAAACUGAAUACUGUGAUAAUACUCUGUACGUUCAUUAUGGAAAAGUUGCCUAAUAGGUGAAAAUUUAUGAAUUGGAUUAACUGGAAAAUAUAUCUGAAUCCAACUGCUGAAUAUAAAUGGUAUUCUAAUAAAACUGUGUACUAGCCUGUGUGCUUAAUUUUAAUAUCUCCCAAACAUAUAUAUCCUAUAAUCGGUAUACUGCUUGGUUCACACUUUAUUGUGGCUGGAUUUUUGUGCCUAGCUAUUAAAAAACACCUUAAAAUUAUUUGAAUUGUAAGAUGACUGCUUUUGUGACAGAAAACCCCCAGAAUACAAUGCAACCCAUUGGUAAUUCGUCAUAUAGUCUGUUCAGAUGAUUUAUAUAUUUAAACAUACUGGGAAUGUUAGUCAAAUUGUGGUCCGUCUGUCUGGUAUUUAUAUCAGUCUAUAGAGGGUUCCCAAAUUUCGAAGCUCUUUUAAUAUAAUGGAAAAAAAUAAGAUAGGAGAAUAUGAUUGAUGAUUUUGCAUAAGGUGGAAUUGACCGUCCUCUACUAACAGAAAAUGUUAAACAGUUUGUGUUAAAUGUUGAUGUUUACUUGUAUUGACCAAAGUUUUACAGCUGUGCUAUAUUCUGUGCUCAGGACUAAAAUGCUGUUAAAUUGUUUUAUUAGUGCUGUGCAUACAUUCUGCGAUGGAAGACAAUUUUGAUGUCCUAACAGAAAUAUAUUUUGAUCUAUUUUCCUAUGGAGUUGUUUCUAUUAUCCCCUUUUAAUUUCAUUUUUAUUUAAUAGUAUUUCCUUCCCCUUUUAUCUAAUUUUUUUAUAUGCUGCUAAAUAUAUUUUAAAUACACUGUGUUUGCAAACCUUGGUAGUUAUGAGAGCUCUAUCAUUUGCGGUGGGAAAAGGUAUGUAAAUAAGUAGAUUGUAAAGAAUGUCUUACCUUGUAACUGUAUGAAUUUUUAAAUGCUGUAGAUUGGAUUUUGCAAAAGGAUGUAUAAUUUAUCGGUCUGCUCAGAAUAUUAAUUUGUAAAUUCUGCAAGUUUAAUUUUUAUGUAGAUGGUAUAACAUUUGAAAAUAUUGUCUUGUGAUUUUUUUUUUUUCCCUUUGAGUAUAUUUGCUUGUAAAUGAAAGCUUAGCUACGGCUUCAAUAAACAUGUUGCUCUGAA